AUGGCUUCCAUCACCAGUCCUGCCAUCCCUCCGGUGGCGCUGGAUACCAUCACCCAGCACAUCGGCAAUACGCCUCUGGUCCGACUGAAUCGGCUGCCUCGCAGCCUGGGAAUCGAUGCCACUGUCUACGCCAAAUUGGAGUAUUUCAAUGCUGGUGGCAGUGUCAAGGAUCGCAUCGCCUUGCGCAUGAUCGAGGAGGCCGAGCGGUCCGGCCGCAUCAAGCCGGGGGACACGCUGAUUGAGCCCACGAGCGGCAACACUGGUAUUGGGCUGGCACUGGUUGGUGCGGUCAAAGGCUACAAGACUAUCAUCACACUUCCCGAGAAAAUGUCGGCAGAGAAGGUGUCUGUCCUGCGUGCUUUAAAUGCGACUAUCAUCCGAACCCCCAACGAAGCCGCCUACGAUUCCCCCGAAUCCCACAUCGGCGUAGCCAAGCGCCUCCAGAAGGAAUUGCCCAAUGCGCACAUCUUGGACCAGUACGGCAACGACAACAACCCAUUGGCCCAUGAGUUCGGUACCGCCGAAGAGAUUUGGGUCCAGACUAAAGGUCAAAUCAAGGCUGUCGUGGCCGGUGCAGGUACCGGCGGCACGAUCACCGGUCUCGCUCGUGGCCUCAAGAAACACAAUCCUAAUGUCAAUGUUAUUGCAGCCGACCCCUUCGGCUCCAUUCUAGCUCAGCCUGCCUCCCUCAACGAGGCGCAUGUCAAUGAGCCCUACAAGGUAGAAGGCAUUGGCUACGACUUCAUUCCCGAGGUGCUCGACCAGAAGGUCGUGAACCAGUGGUACAAGACGGGAGACAAAGAGUCUUUCCAGUACUCACGCCGUUUGAUUGCCGAGGAGGGUCUGCUGGUCGGUGGUAGUAGUGGCAGCGCCAUCGCGGCUCUGGUAAAGGCCAACCAGGAGCACAAAUUCACCAAGGGCGAUGUGGUAGUGGUGAUUCUUCCCGACAGUAUCAGAAGCUAUCUUACCAAGUUUGCCGAUGAUGACUGGCUGGCAGCCAACGAUCUGCUCCCGUCGCUCCCCACCGAGGCCCAGCCGCAGCCGCAGAAACCACAGGAGGAUCCCUUGCUGGCGCAAAGGUGA